AUGCCACAGUUGGACCUGUCCUGGCUGGGAUUGAGCCUGGAGGCAGCCUCACCAUGGCUGCUUGUGAUGCUCAUUGGAACUUCCUGGCUCUUGGCCCGUGUCCUGGCUCAGAUCUAUACCUACUAUGGCACAUAUCAUCAUCUUCGUGGUUUCCCUCAGCCCCCCAAACGGAACUGGUUCUUGGGUCACCUGGGCAUGGUCCCACCCACCGAGCAGGGUCUAAAGGAGGUGACUAAGCUGGUGGCCACCUAUCCCCAGGGCUUCAGGACAUGGAUGGGUCCCAUCCUCCCGCUCAUCACUCUGUGCCACCCUGACAUCAUUCGAUCUGUCCUCAGUGCCUCAGUUGCGGUUGCCCCAAAGGAAGUAAUCUUCUACACCUUCCUGAAACCCUGGCUGGGGGAUGGGCUCUUGGUGAGUGCUGGUGACAAGUGGAGCCGCCACCGUCGUAUGCUGACCCCUGCCUUCCAUUUCAACAUCCUGAAGCCCUAUGUGAAGAUUUUCAAUGACAGCACCAACAUCAUGCAUGCCAAGUGGCAGCGUCUGGCCUCAGGUGGCAGUGCCCGUCUGGACAUGUUUGAGAACAUCAGCCUGAUGACCUUGGACAGUCUGCAGAAAUGUGUCUUCAGCUUUGAUAGCAACUGCCAGGAAAAGUCCAGUGAGUAUAUUUCUGCCAUCUUGGAACUCAGUGCUUUAGUGUCCAAACGGUACCAGCAGUUGCUUUUGCACAUAGACUCACUUUAUCAGCUCACCCCUAAUGGGAUGCGCUUCCGUAAGGCCUGCCGCCUGGUGCACGACUUCACAGACACUGUCAUCCAGGAUCGGCGACGUGCUCUUCCCAGUAAGGAUGGUGAUGAUGUCCUCAAGGCCAAGGCCAAGUCCAAGACUUUGGAUUUCAUUGAUGUGCUGCUGCUGGCCAAGGAUGAAGAUGGAAAGCAGCUGUCAGAUGAGGACAUCAGAGCAGAGGCUGACACCUUCAUGUUUGAGGGUCAUGACACCACCGCCAGUGGACUCUCCUGGACCCUGUACAACCUGGCGAGGCACCAGGAGUACCAGGAGCGCUGCCGGCAGGAGGUGCAGGAGCUGCUGAGGGGCCGCAAGUCUACAGAGAUUGAGUGCAGCUGUCCUGUCUUCCUCAGGGACGACCUGGCCCAGCUGCCCUUCCUGACCAUGUGCAUCAAGGAAAGUCUGCGGCUGCAUCCUCCGGUUACAGUCAUCUCCCGCCGCUGCACCCAGGACGUUGGUCUCCCAGAUGGCCGGGUCAUCCCUAAAGGUGUCGUCUGCAUGAUCAGUAUUUUCGGGACCCACCACAACCCAACUGUGUGGCCUGACCCUGAGGUCUAUGACCCCUUCCGCUUUGAUCCAGAGAACAUCAAGGACAGGUCACCUCUGGCUUUUAUUCCCUUCUCCGCUGGGCCCAGGAACUGCAUCGGACAGACUUUCGCCAUGAACGAGAUGAAGGUGGAGCGGAGCCGCGCAGGCAGCCGGAGCUGA